GUCGUGACGUCACCCUGCAGCGAUGGGAAGUCGGGCGAGCGCUGAGAAAAUGAGCUCCAUUCCCCUAUCACGGUCGGAGGUGUUUGGGGAGCUGAGGAAGGAUCUGCACGAUGAUCAAGAGUUCCGGCAAUCCGACACACAUAUAUUUAUCAUCAUGGGAGCUUCGGGAGAUCUGGCCAAGAAGAAAAUCUACCCAACUUUGUGGUGGCUGUUCAGAGACGGCCUCCUCCCAGAAAAGACGUUUUUUGUUGGCUUUGCUCGGUCCGACCUGACUGUUGAUGCUAUCAGGACUUCCUGCAUGCCAUAUCUCAAGGUGACAGACUCUGAAGCAGAUCGGUUGUCUGUCUUCUUCAGCAGGAACUCGUACAUAAGUGGAAAUUACGCAGAUGGGGAUUCCUUCUCCAACCUCAAUAAACACAUUCUGACUCUGCCCGAAGGAUCUAAGGCAAACCGUCUCUUCUACCUGGCUCUGCCGCCAACGGUCUAUCACAGUGUUACUAAGAACUUAAGGAACCACUGCAUGAGUGAAAAAGGCUGGACCAGAGUAAUUGUAGAGAAGCCAUUUGGACGAGACCUUCAGAGCUCUGAGGAGCUGUCUGCUCACCUCUCUUCCCUCUUCACUGAAGACCAGAUCUAUCGUAUUGAUCACUACCUUGGCAAAGAAAUGGUGCAGAAUCUUAUGGUGCUCAGGUUUGGAAACCGCAUCUUUGGACCAAUCUGGAACCGGGACAGUGUGGCAUGUGUGGUUCUCACAUUUAAAGAACCAUUUGGCACUCAGGGAAGAGGAGGCUACUUUGAUGACUUUGGAAUCAUCCGAGACGUCAUGCAGAACCAUUUGCUUCAGUUGCUGUGUCUGGUUGCCAUGGAGAAACCAGCCUCCACUAGCUCGGAUGAUGUCAGGGACGAAAAGGUCAAAGUGCUGAAAUGCAUCAAUCCAGUGUUAAUGUCAGAUGUGGUGCUGGGCCAGUAUGUGGGAGACCAAGAGGGUGAAGGAGAUGCCAAAUUGGGUUAUCUUGAUGAUGCCACGGUUCCUGAAGGAUCUACUCAGGCUACAUUUGCCACUGCUGUGCUUUAUGUGCACAAUGAGCGCUGGGAUGGCGUUCCUUUCAUCCUCCGCUGCGGAAAAGCUCUGAAUGAGAGAAAGGCUGAGGUGCGGCUGCAAUUCACAGAUGUCCCUGGGGACAUAUUUGGAAAUCAGUGUCACCGCAAUGAGCUGGUUGUCCGUGUGCAACCUAAUGAAGCAGUUUAUGCCAAGAUGAUGAGCAAGAAGCCUGGUGUGUACUUCUGCCCUGAGGAAACUGAGCUGGACCUCACCUACAAGAGCAGAUAUAAGGAUGUGAAGCUCCCAGAUGCUUACGAACGUCUCAUUUUGGAUGUCUUCUGUGGAAGCCAGAUGCACUUUGUACGCAGUGAUGAACUGAAAGAGGCCUGGAGGAUCUUCACACCUCUCCUUCACCAAAUAGACAAAGAGAAGCCAAAGCCUAUUCCGUACAAAUAUGGAAGUCGGGGCCCAGCAGAAGCUGACGAGCUUGUAAAGAGAGUUGGAUUCCGCUAUGCAGGCACUUACAAAUGGGUCAACCCCAACAAACUUUGAGUUGUAGUGAGUGGAGGGAGGAAUACAGGUAGGUAAUAUAGUUUGUGGGGUGCCGCCAGAUAAGCAGUGUCUCAGUAGUGAUCUACUCAGGUAAAGAGGUUAUUUUUCCGGGUUACUUCAGAUGCUCAGGUGUUGAAAUAAACCAAGCGGACAUGAGUUGAUUGAGCCUUGUAUUUGGAUGACCUUUUUAUAAUUUAUUCAUUUGUGGGGCCCAGUCAGUUUAAUUAAGGAGCAAAACAAAUCAAAGCAUUUUUUUACAUUUUGAUGAGGUUCCACAUGCUCAUUUAUCAGUUGUCAAGUGCUGUACCAAAGUUGUACACAAGCAAACAUUACCAUUAUAAUUGUAAUACUAUAAUGCUUUGACUACAAUUUAUUCUACAUAUUCAGUGGAACUUGUAUUGUUUCUUGCCUUUUCUGCCUGGGACCAAGCACAUUGUAGCUGUUGUAAUGAAACAACACUUGAGUUUAAGACAGGCAGUUUCAGCAUUUGUAUUGUAACAGUCUUAAGUGUCCUCAAGGAUAAGAAAACCCAGACUUUUUUAGAUCCCUCCCUCCGACCCAUUCCCUUUUUGUUUAAAUUUUUACAGGUUUAUUCAAGUUAAAGUUCAUUCCAUAUCUGAGAAAUAAAAAGACAUCAGGUCUAGACAUGUCAGCACUGAAUGCCUUUGUAACGACCAAUUGUGUACUGCUGUUAUCCACAUGUACAUGUAAUGCUAGCAAUACUACCAUGUAAUAAACUACUUGUGUAUA